CGGGCGGGUGGGCGAGACACGGACUCCGUGCGUCACCGGUCGCGGGCGGUCCGGGCGCGGCCCCGCGGAUCUCCGCGCGUCCCCGCCCCUCCCCCACCCCCCCGGGUGCGCACGCCCGCGGGACGGGGACCGGGACUGGGACCGGGACGGCGGCGGCCGGGCUGGCGGGGCGAUGCAGCGGCGCUGAGGCGAUGGCGCAGGCGGCGGGCGGGCGCGAAGCGCUCAGCCUAGAGGAGAUCCUGCGGCUGUACGGCCAGCCCAUCAACGAGGAGCAGGCGUGGGCCGUGUGCUUCCAGGGCUGCGCCGCGCUGCGCGCCUCCCGCCCGCCGCGCCGCCUUCGCUCGGCCGCCCAGCUGCGCGUCUGCAGCGACGGCGGGGUCGUCGUGGGCGCCGCGGAGCGCGCGGAGGAGGAGGGACCGCCGGCCGCGGGUAAAGUGGGAAGCUCACGAUGCUCUGAAGCCGAGAUGAUUGAGUCCCUGGGCAUCAUCAUCUACAAGGCCCUGGACUAUGGCCUGAAGGAGAACGAGGAGCGCGAGCUAAGCCCGCCGCUGGAGCAGCUCAUUGACCGCAUGGCCAACACCACCGAGGCCGACAGCAGCCAUGACGAGGGCUAUGGGGCUGCAGACGAGGGUGCCGAGGAUGAGAAAGAGGGCCAGCAGCGACCUGGGGCUGUCUGCACCUACCGAGAUGUCAUGAAGAUGUGCGCUGCUCACCUUCCCGCGGAGGCAGAGGCGGCGAAUCAUUAUCAGGCCGUGUGCCGUGCCCUGUUCGCGGAGACCAUGGAGCUCCACACAUUCCUGACCAAGAUCAAGAAUGCGAAAGAGAACCUUAAGAAGAUCCAGGAAAUGGACCAGGGUGACGAAUCCCGCACCGACCUGGAGGAACUGAAGAACUCGGACUGGGCGCGCUUCUGGGUCCAGGUGAUGAGGGACUUGCGCAACGGAGUGAAGCUGAAGAAGGUACAGGAGCGGAGAUACGACCCGCUGCCCAUUGAGUUCCAGCUCACACCCUACGAGAUGCUGAUGGAGGAUAUCCGCGGCCGGCGCUACACCCUGCGCAGGGUGAUGGUGAACGGGGACAUUCCUCCGAGGCUGAAGAAGAGCGCCCACGAGAUCAUCCUUGACUUCAUCCGGUCCCGACCACCUCUUAAUCCGGUCUCCGCCAGGAAGCUGAAGCCCACCCCUCCCCGGCCACGAAGCCUCCACGAGAGAAUCUUAGAGGAGAUCAAGGCAGAAAGGAAGCUGCGGCCUGUCUCACCCGAGGAGAUCCGCCGCAGCCGGCUUGCAAUGCGGCCACUUAGCAUGUCUCACAGUUUUGACUUGUCAGAUGUGGCCACACCAGAAUCUUCCUGGAGCCUCGGGGAGACGUUGCAGGCGAAUGGGGGCUCGCUGUCAACUGCACAGCCAGGAAAGAGUGGAUUGAGCCCUGCUGCGUUGGCGCCCAUGGCACAGAAGAGAUUGCUCAAGGCCCCAACGCUGGCCGAACUGGACAGCUCUGACUCUGAGGAGGAAGCUCUACGCAAGUCCAGCAGCAGCAGCAGCAGUGCAUCCCCCUCCCAGCUCGAGGACUCUGUCGCAGAGGCCACAUGCAUGAGGAAGAAGCCUCCAAAAUUCCUGCCCAUAUCAUCCACACCCCAGCCUGAGAGGCGGCAGCCGCCACAGAGGCGCCACUCUAUUGAGAAGGAGACGCCCACGAAUGUUCGGCAGUUCCUGCCCCCGUCCAGGCAGAGCUCCCGCUCUCUGGUGCCAAAGACGACCGGUGUAUGGCCGAGGACGCCUUUCCGACCACUUUUCUCUACCAUACACACAGCUUCUCUACUCGGCUCCCACCCUCUGGAAGCGGCUGUGUUUGGGGUGGCAGGGGCUGUGUAUUAUCUGUGUGAGAGAGCUUUGGCCAGCAGGUGGAGAUCCGCACAGGAGGAGUUCUGCUACCCGGUGGAGUGCCUGGCGCUCACCGUGGAGGAAGUGAUGCACAUCCGGCAGGUGCUGGUCAAAGCAGAGCUGGAGAAGUACCAGCAGUACAAGGACGUCUACACCGCCCUGAAGAAGGGAAAGCUCUGUUUCUGCUGCCGCACCCGGAGGUUCUCCUUCUUUGCCUGGUCCUACACCUGUCAGUUCUGCAAGAGGCCCGUGUGCUCGCAGUGCUGCAAGAAGAUGCGGCUGCCCUCCAAGCCAUAUUCCACCCUCCCCAUCUUCUCCUUGGGACCAUCUGCCUUGCAGAGAGGAGACAGUGCCCAGGCAGAAGAGCCCUCUGCCAGCCACCAUCGGCCACUGCGGAGCAUCGCCAGAUUCUCCACGAGGUCCAGGUCUGCAGACAAGGCGGACGAGGAGCUGCAGUUCCCCAAGGAGCUCACAGAGGACUGGAGCGCCAUGGAGGUGUGCGUGGACUGCAAGAAGUUCAUCUCUGAGAUCAUCAGCUCCAGUCGGCGCAGCCUGGUGCUGGCCAACAAGCGGGCGCGCUUGAAGCGCAAGACGCAGUCUUUCUAUGUGUCCUCACCGUCCACCGCAGAGUACUGUCCCUCAGAGCGGCCCAUCAGUGAGAUCUGAGCCGUGCCUUCCGCCACUGUCCCGCACCUGCGAGCCACCCCGUUCAGAGGCUUGAGCCUGCGUUGAGCCCCACCUCACACGUGCGUCAUCUCCAGGGAUGCAGGGGGGAGGGGGCAGUGGGGUAAGACUGGCACGUGGAGGUGUGGAGGCUGGAUGUUCUGUGUGGCUCCCUGUGGUCCCUGUGUGUCCCUGACUACGGUGCAAAGCUUCUCGGGUGAGAAGUCAGCCUGUGGGUGUCGCUGUCAGUGCACCGUGGCCGUUAAGUCACAUUGGCACCGCCCCAGCAGUGUUUCUCCCACACAUGGUCCCUGGCUCCGGGUCCUUGCAGGGAUGCCUGUGCAGCCCUGUGCCUAACAGGUGCGGGCUGCGCCCUGCCUUGAAUGUAUUGCCGCUACUAACAGUUUCCUGAGCUGCAGGUGAGGCUCUGCGGUCUCGGGACAACACGCCAGGUCCAUGGGUGGUGGAGCAUCUGGUGAUGGAGGCCGCCACAGCUGCCCAGGGUGCAGGGAAGAGCCGGGUUUUUUCAUAACUUUAUAGUGCAGCUUUCUCAACUAAACUAAGCCACAAUUUAGUACCUAAGGUCUCAACCUGAAGUUUAUUUUUGUAAAUGAUUUUAAGAGAAAAAAAAAAAACCUAGCUCUUUGAAAAGUACAAGGAAAUUCCCCUGCACCUAGCAAGAUGUUGAGACACGCUGUGCUUUACCUGGAGGGCGACGUGGCGGGUGACGGGGCAUCCUGUGAAAGCAGCACACGGGGGCAGGCCCUGGCCAGCCUUGUUACCAGGCGUGCUUGGGGCUGAAGGGAGAAUCGUGUUGCUUCUGUAAACCGCACUUCCCGUUGCGCAGGACACACCUGUGGCCUCACUGGACCUGCCUGUCCCCCUAGACAAGCCCCUCCGACUGGGCACAGUGAUACCUCAGAGCCGCUUCAGUGGUUGUUUUUAAUGGGUGGAAAUUCACAGUUUGGUGAAUGGUUUUAAACCACGUAAACUUAUGAAAUAAACCUUAUGACUUGACUAAUGCA